AUGGCCGCCCUUGAAUUCGAUCGCCACAGUCAAAUCACGAUGGGUUUCAACUUGGCUAUUUUACCAGCCUUCGAUCGAUUGCCUAACAAUGCAAACAAUGUCCUAGUUUUAGGUCACGCAGUGGGCUCAGAUGGUUUGUUGUGCAUGCUACAUGACAUUCCGCCUCCCGCGUCAACUUUGAUUGUGACGUCUCAGAUGCGGUCGAAACGAGCAAGACGUCGAAUUGCCGAGGCUGGGGUUGAUCCGAACCUUCAUUUCUCGAAACCAGCUAUAGCUGGCCGCUUAUUGGCUAUUUUGAAUUCUCAAGGUCAAGGAACAAUCUACCAAUCAGAUGGCAAAAUUCAAUUGCAUUACAACAGGAUGGGUGGAGUUCAGUUUUCGAACAACACUGGGCCACGAGACGCAGGAACUCGACGUCAGUGGAACUGGUCUGGGGAACCGCAUAUCCAUGGGCCACCAUUUCAGCCUAUCGUGAUUCGACUGAACGCGCACAUGACAGUACGGAUUGUGGAUCGGUCACGAAUACAUGUGCACUUUCAGUAUGGUAAACACCAGUGUCGAAUCAAUGUGUCCAUGUCAGAUGCACAGGCUGCCGGCAUUGCUUCGCCGCGUGUGAUCAUUCGAAACCUACGUGGACUGGAGCGGGGAUAG